AUGGAUACUGAGACUUUUGAUCAGGAGAGUGAGGGAAUUUGCACUUCGAUACCAAAGUAUGGGAAUGGAGUUGAACCAGGAAAUGAAGCUGGUUACAUUGUUGGAAUGACGUCUUGUUAUCCUGAAAAACCAGUGAAAGUGAGCUAUGGAGAGACUCUGACUUUGGAGUUUAACUUUAGUAAUGCCGUUGGUCAUACAGGAGUUAUGGGACUCUUUCACUUCUUCGUUACUCAGCAGCUGCCUCAACCGGAGAUCUCCUUGCCUGCACUUUUUCAGGCACAGGCGAAAAGCGUGAGCUUUUUAACCUUUCUUGCAGUGAUGGUGGUGGUCUCGGUUGUGGUUCUAACAGCCGCCGUGGUAUACCGGAGACAGAACCGGGAAGAUGGCUACCAAUCACUUAGCGGUUAA